GAUCCCACUCCACGGUUGAGCUGCUCACCUCGCGCAUACAAGAAGGAUCUAACCGCAGACAGAGAUAGAGUCACGCCCCACAGGUAGAGACACGCCCCCUCCAUACCAAAAAAGUUUGAGUUCCGAGUUAAUUCCCGUAUUGUCCGACCCAUACAACAUGCGCAGUAGUGUUACACUAAGUUGUCUUCAAGGCAGAGGGGGCGGUGCUCUAUCCAGUUGUUACAAUAUAUUCUUGGGUGUUGCCUGGUAGAGAGCAGACGGAGUAUAUUUACUAUUUACUAUCUGUGUGGCCUGCUGUCCUUCAGGAGACACGAGCACUCCGCUGUCAAGAUGGUGAAAAUGGUGGAGGAUUUGGAGGACUUCAAGAAACAGAUGAAGAAUGCCGGAGACAAACUGGUGGUGGUGGACUUCACGGCUACAUGGUGCCCCCCCUGCAAAAUGAUUGCCCCAAUUUUUGAAGAGCUGGCAGAAAAGUAUACGAACAUAGUUUUCCUGAAGGUGGACGUGGACGAGGCUUUAGACGUCGGUGAAGAGUACAAUGUUAGUAGCAUGCCCACAUUCCUCUUCAUCAAGAACAGCAAAGAGUUGGAUCGGUUCAGUGGCGCAAGCCAAGAUAAACUGAGAGCUAAACUGGAGGAGUAUUCAAAAUAGUAGUUCCACCAACCUUCGCACAAACAGCUGUUCAUCUCUGUCUUAAUAUGGCUGAAUUAAUAAACAAGAUGAAGACGAAA